CCGUCCUCUGAUCGGCAGGCUCUACAUAUCAGUAUCGCUGGUCUGUGGGGAGAUGCUGGAGUUGGCAAGACCACACUCGCUAGAGACUACGCCGAGAUCAACAAGAAUGAACUUUCCUUCGUCUUCUGGAUUUGGGCCGAGAGUUGGGAGACAGUCGUUACAAGUUAUCUAGAGUUUGCGAAUAACCUGGUCGAGUACUACUCCAAGAAUACUACUCGAGCUCAAGUGGAGAACGAACUUGGGCUCGCAGGAGUGGCGGAGAUGCUCAAGGUAAAGAGCAUUCAACAAUUGGAUACGUUAAGAGUGAAGGCGGUGGUCCGAGCCGUCAAAGACUGGUUAAUGAGGCCUGAAAAUGACAGGUGGCUCCUCAUUUUCGACAACAUUGAACCAUCAUUCGAUAUAUCCGACUUUAUUCCACUCACACUUACUGGUAAAAUCAUCUUGACUUCAAGGGAUAGGAGCAACUGUGUAUGGGGAACGAAGCUGCGCAUCGGGCCGAUGACAGACGAAGAAGCAGUAGAACUACUU